AUGGACGAGACCGAACUCAACGCUAUCAGAAGUGCUCGACUUGCGGAACUCCAGAAACAGGCUCUGGGAUCAAGAGCUGCUACUACCAAUGCUAGCACAGGUUCUGGAGGAGCCUCUAGUGAAUCACCAAGUGCAUCACUAUCCAAUACAGUGGCCCAGUUGUUGGAACCUCAAGCUAGAGAAAGACUAGGCAGAGUGCGUCAAGUGCGCCCAGACCGUGUGGAACAGAUCGAACAGUACUUAUACAAAAUAUACUCUAUGGGCCAACUUCAAGGGAGGGUAUCAGAGAACGAAGUAGUUCGUUUGUUAGAGAGUAUGAGAGAUGAGAAGCCUGGAGUCAAGAUUGUUUAUAAUAGACGUCAUAAUGAAGAUAGUGACUCUGAUUAUGAAUAA